CGGCGUGGCAGAGAGGGAGGCGGGGAGACGCCAGCCCUGGAGAUGGCCGUGAACUCCAUCUACUACUCGCGGGAUGAAGCAAACGUGUUCUGGGUGACAGUGCAGCGGACAGAGGCUGCAGAGCGCUGCGAGCUGCGGGGCGCCUACGUGCUCAAGGCCGAGCGUGACAGCCUCGUCCUGAAGGACCCGCAGACGAAGGAGACCCUCUAUGUCUGGCCCUACCGGCUGUUGCGGAGAUACGGCCGAGACAAGGUGAUGUUCUCCUUCGAAGCUGGCAGGCGCUGCGAUUCUGGCCCAGGGAACUUCACCUUUGAGACCAAGCAGGGCAAUGAGAUCUUCCGCCUGGUGGAAGCCUCCAUCCGGGAGCAGAAAGCGCAGGUGGAGGAGAAUCGGCAAAGCUGUGACUCGCUGGAGUCGGACAGCCCCAGCAUGGUGCUGAUCCGCCAGGCGCUGGCUGACUCCCUGAGCCUUGAGAUGCCUGCAGAGGGGGACAGCACCACGGUCCCCAAAGCAGGGCCGCCACCCAGGCCCAGUGCCGUGGCGGAGGAGAGAGAUGCCGCAUCUCUGCUGAAGAGCCGGACUCUGCCGGAGCCCCCAGUGCCGCAAGCCAAGCCCGUGGUCCCAAGCACACCCCCACGCUCCCCUAUGCCCAAAGCAUCCCGAGCCGUGCUGCCAGCUGAGGACCUGUCCAGCGUGUACUCGGAGCCUCUGGACUCGGUGAAGGCCUUUAGGUGCCACCUGGACCCGCUCUACUCAGACCCCAUAGACAGCAAGGCCAGGAGCAAGGCCAAGGCGUCUGGCGCAGCCGUGGAAGAGACAAAGCCCCGGAUGCCGCUCUACUCCGGCAUGUACGAGCAGGUCCAGGCGGACAGCGGGGCCCUGGCGCUGGUGCCACCGACGCGGAAGGAGCCCAUCUAUGACGAGCCUGAGGGCUGCGCCCCACGCUCUCUGCCCCCUUCCAUGUGCAUCUAUGACGAAGCACGGCCCACAGAUGAAGCCUGGCGUACCCAGGGCCACGAUGGCAAGGAUGGCUACGAGUAUCCCUACAACCCCAGCACGGAUGACUAUUCAGUACCUGCCUUCAAGGCCAAGGGCCCCAAGCCAGUGCCUGCCCCCAAACCCCAGGCAACAUUUAUCCCUAAAGCUGCCGAGAGAAGCAUGGACCCAGGCAGGAGACGGGUAGCCCCUGUUCCUGAGAAGAUGGUCAUCAAACCCAGCCUUAAUAGCAGCAACAAUAAUAACGUGGAGGUGCUAUACAGCCAGGUAGUGAAGCCCCAGCACAUGCAGAAGAAGGAGCAGUCUGUGGAUGAAAUCAGCUUGUCACCCGUCUACGAGGACCUGGGAGAGAUAUAA